AUGUCUCAAAAAAUUGGUAUCAACACUGAAUUUCCUAAAGAUCUAGUCAUUCCUGAUGCCAUAAAGGUCCCUGAGGGAAAUGAUUUUAAAUUCGCGAUGCAUGCUACUGCACUAUUUCACUUUAAGUGGUCUACGGGAGCCGAUGGUCCUACUUGCAAAUUUGCUGGCAGCGAUUCCUAUUUCUUCAACAGUGCUAAGGAUGUUGCCGAUGUUCCACAUUCAUAUGUAGCUGAAGUAAAAAUGGCUGAAUUUGAUAUGAGUGAAGAAAUCGGUUCCAGUUUUCCUACAUGCACUGUGAGAUCACUUACAAUGGAUGAUACUUCUUCUCUUCAAUUUAAAGUAAUUGCUGCCGUUGAACCUCCUAAUCCAGCGGUUGAUCAUAGUUGGGGCUUAAUGGAAACUUUUGGUCAUAAAGGAGAUGGUGUAUUCAAAGAUAUUACUUAUAUUCAAGUAGUUAACACAGCUAACGGUCAUUCACCAGCUGGUUCUGAAUAUGCUAGUAAAUACCCUGAUGGGCAUAUUUCUAGUAUUCCUGCCAGCG